AUGCAUCGCUCCAAGCGACGUCGCCUUGAUACCACUCCCAAGCCCCAGAAUGGCUUCAUCCAUUCGCCCGUAGAAUCUUCGUCCGACGAGCUGGCCGCGGGCUCCGACCACGACGAGGCCGAACGCCGCCGCGCCAGCUGGUCCAUUCAGAAGGCAUAUCCCCCACAGCGCCCAUAUCGCCGCUCGCGCAGCUUCAGUGGCUCCGAGAGCCCCGACGAGCUGGCAGUCGACGCGAAGGAGUAUUGGUCGGCGAGGAAUCGCGGUCGCAGUCCGUCCUUGCCCUCCGAGCCAAGCGCGGAGCCGUCCUCGGAGCGAUAUCUCGACCACGACCACGACGAGGCGGAAGAAGAGGAGGAAGACGUGGCUCCCGAGCCUGGACUCGACCCCGAAAUUGAUCCGGAGCAGGAAGACGGCGGCGCCGAGGGCGAUGUCGAAGAGACCGCAACCGCCGCCGACGGUGAUGUAGCUGUUGAUCAGUCGUUUGGCGAACGGUCGCCCACCCCGGUGCCGCAACCACCGCCGCCGCCGCCCAAACCGGACAAGGUGACUUAUCACCAGAAGUAUUUAUUACGGGGUCAUAUUCGAGGAGUCUCGGCAGUACGGUUCUCGCCGGACUCUUCGAUGAUUGCUAGCGGAGGUGCGGACGGGGCUGUCAAGGUAUGGGAUACAGUGACGGGUCGGUUGAUUCACACAUUCGAGGGUCAUCUGGCAGGCAUCUCGACCAUCUCGUGGAGUCCGGACGGGGCGACAAUUGCGUCGGGAUCAGACGACAAGACGAUUCGCCUGUGGAAUGUAUUGACGGGCAAGGCGCAUCCGAUUCCCUUCGUCGGUCACCACAACUACGUCUACCAGAUUGCAUUCUCGCCCAAAGGCAACAUGCUCGUGAGCGGAUCCUACGAUGAAGCGGUAUUCCUAUGGGAUGUGCGAUCAGCGCGAGUGAUGCGGUCGCUGCCCGCACACUCCGACCCGGUCGGAGGCAUCGACGUCGUCUGGGACGGCACCCUCAUUGCCUCGUGCGCGACAGACGGACUGAUUCGAAUUUGGGAUACCGCGACGGGCCAGUGUCUGCGGACGCUGGUGCACGAAGACAACCCGCCCGUGACGGCGGUCAAGUUCUCCCCGAACGGCAAGUACGUGUUGGCGUGGACGCUGGACGACUGCGUGCGACUGUGGGACUACGUCGAGGGGCGGUGCAUUAAGACGUACCAGGGCCAUGGCAAUAAGAAAUACAGUCUGCAGGGCGGAUUCGGAGUAUAUGGGGAACGGGGCGGACCGCGGUAUGCGUUCGUCGUUAGCGGCAGCGAGGACGGAGCUGUGCUGUGCUGGGACGUGGUCAGCAAGCAAGUGCUGCAGCGUCUGGAGGGCCACAACGGGGUGGUGCUGGGAGUGGACACAUGCACGCUGGAGGAGUCGCGGCUGAUGGUGAGCUGCGGGUUAGACGGGACCGUGCGGGUAUGGGAGGAAGCGAAUGCAGAAGCAGAAGCAGAAGCAGCAGAUACCACGAACACCUCCACCGCCAACACUCCUCCCCAAAUAAACGGAGACGGAAUGAAUGGAGACACGGUCCAACAACCGAAUGGGGACAUGGAAGUCGAGAAACCAAACGGUCUACCAGAAACAAACCACGACCACAACCUCGAACAACCGAACGGACACAAAGAUGACCCGGAACCGGAACCGGAAGACACCGAAAUGGGCGAAGCCACAGGCCCAGACGGGUAA